GGAGAGGUAGGAGCAGACGGAGCUCAGAUUCAUUUCUGCUGGUGGUGCUGGGGGCACAACAUGUUGUAAGAGCAUAACCUGACACACAAGGAGCUGGGACACCCACAGCUAUCAAAUGGAUUACUCUGACAUAUACUUGUGAACUCCGACAAAGCAAAGGACCAUACAGUAAGGAGACACACAAAGGACUUGUCCAGAUCUUGCAGAACUUCUUUGUCACACUUAACAGAAAAUAAAAACUACCUGGCUUUGAUGAAGACACAUUCAUUCAGGAGCCAGCUGAGCGGAGGGACUUGGAUUGACAGCACUGAAGAUGUGAAUGCUUUGGGUAAAAUCUGACCACUUCUUGCCACACAGCAGCACCACUUUAGAUCAUAAGGUCUCACGUCCUCAUGAGGCACAGUCAUCGAAACGAGAGCGAAACACACCAAGAGAAAAGGAGACGCGUGAGAAAGCUUACCAUGCACUGACAAUAAGGAAUGGAAAGCAUCAGUGUGGAAACGGACUGGGAUGGGUUAGCCCUCUCCUCUCUGGUCGCCACAGGAAGAAACAACUUCUCUUCCUCAUCUUUGUUUCUUUCUGAACUGAACUCCCUCAACAGUUCUCACAGCGGGGGAUCCUUCUUCGGGAUCUUCCCUGAGAAUGGUUCCACCACCACGCCUUACACCCUGCCCCAGCCCAAGAUGAGGGACCUGGGCCUGGCCCGGGCAGAGAUUGCAGUGCUCGGGGUGGUGCUGGCUCUCACCACCCUGGGGAAUAGCUUUGUGCUGUGGGUUCUGCUGAGGAGGAGGAAGCAUAAUGCCCCCAUGCACGUGUUCAUGGUCAACCUGUGUGUGGCUGACCUGGUGGUGGCCCUCUUUCAGGUUCUUCCCCAGCUAAUAUGGGACAUCACAGAGAGGUUUCAGGGGCCUGACUUUCUCUGCCGGUCCAUCAAGUACUUGCAGAUUGUGGGCAUGUUUGCUUCCUCCUACAUGAUAGUUGCCAUGACGGUAGAUCGGCACCAGGCCAUCUGCUGCCCGUUGCAGGCCUACCGUGGGGGAGCAAUGUCCUGCUGGAACACCCCUGUCAUGGUGGCUUGGGGCUUGGCUCUAGUCCUCAGCAUACCGCAGGUGUUCAUCUUCUCUCGCUCAGAAGUGGCUUCUGGGGAGUUUGAGUGCUGGGGUCACUUUGCUGAGCCAUGGGGGCUGAAGGCCUACGUCACCUGGAUGACCGUGGCUGUCUUCGUCCUGCCCGCCCUCAUCAUAACCAUCUGUCAGAUAAGAAUCUUCCGAGAGAUUCACAAUAACAUCUACCUGAAGUCAGAGAGGAUGGUGAUGACUGAGUUAAAGAAGAAUGAAAUCUUGUUCCGCUUCCACAGCUUUAAGAAGGAGGACGAGCGGGCCAGGGAGAGGGAGAGGGAGAGGGGGAGAUGGGCGUCCGGAGGAGGGGGUAGGGACGACAGAGGAGGACAGCUCAUAAAGGGUGUGAAUAACAACCCUCACAAUAACACCCAUAACAGCCAAGUGGGACAGUGUUACGACUAUGUACCAUCCUCUAUCCAGUAUAACAGUUGCUGUGGUGAACAUGUGACAACAACAACAACAACAUCGCCUACACAGCAGAAAACACUGAUCGGCUCAGAUUGCCAGGACUCCUACACGUCCUACGAGCUGGCCUCAGGCUCACCCCGCUGCUCCCUUGACUAUGCACGCCCUCCCCCUCCAGCCAGUCCACCUCCAGCCACUCCGCCUCCAAGCAUCACUAAAGCCAUGUCCAAGACAGUGAGAAUGACCCUGGUCAUUGUGCUGGUCUAUACUAUCUGCUGGUCACCCUUCUUCAUUGUCCAGCUUUGGGCGGCCUGGGACCCCAACCCUCCACACCAAGCAAGAGUGGCCUUCACUAUCCUGAUGCUGCUGGCUAGUCUGAACUCGUGUACCAACCCGUGGAUCUACACAGCUUUCUCCAGCAGCGUGUCCAGAGAGCUGCAGAACCUGCUGCAGUGUAGGUCGCGAACUGGCCGCCGUGGCUCCCUGCCUGACGACUCCAGCACCACACACACCUCCACCACCAAGGACAGCCUGUACUGACAGAGACUAAUGAAACAGAAACAGACACACAGAGACAUGUUUGAAAAUACAUGCACGGGUGCACAUGGGCCCGAUGCAAUGAAGUGCAACUCUGCCAUCACCACCUCCAGCGUCGCAGCCUGAGAACAGAGCGCACUGACCUCUACCAGAUGUUUCCAACAACAAAGGACAGCUGUACUGUCAACAGGACCUUUAUCUGUAAUCACUGGUCCUCUCCACCCCAGCAGAGAGGAAUGGUGUCAUUGAGAAUGUCAACACCAUUUUAUGAGGGCACUGUGGAAUAUACAGUGGCUGUCAGUGACAACAUCUGUAAUGCAAAAUGGCCUUGAAAGUAAAGAGCUUUCCACCUCAAAUGCGGUUGAGAAGGACCCUGUGCAUUGAUUUAUAAGAGUAAAACUCUUUCCUGCUCAGACUGAGUGGAGCAGCAGAAAUGCAAGGGUUGGAUCACUGAAUGAAUGGCUUUACGGCACGCCUAAUGUACAAAGCAGCAGACAAAGCAAUGGGUGUAGCGAAAACAAAGCAUCAGACUAAGUGAAAGAGAGAGACACACACAUACACACAUACACACAUACAGACAUACAGCAAUUAGAGCGAGACGGCUAUUGGACUGAAACCAGACAGGGGAAGACAUGGAUGUUACAGCUGCAGGAGCAGUCAUGAGAAGGCUGUAGUAAAAAUCUAUUAAUGUGAACAAUCUUUGUUGAAUCAAAGAAAGUAGAUCAGAGGUGGAUUCUUGAGGCUGUAUUCAUAUUCACUCAGGAGGAAUCCUGUUCCAAGGAACAAGAGUAAUUUGUUAGCCAGAUGGACAGAGAUUCACUGAUGAGGACAGAGUCAAGACACUGCCCCGUGAGGAACUGGAGUACUGGGGAUUACUGCAGACAGAAACACACA